AUGUCAGACUGCCCACCCCUCCAAGAGGGCGAUCCAACUACCCCAGCACACUUCCUCCACUCGGACUCCGAUCUCCCACAAACCAUAAGCCACCGCGGCUACAAGGGGAAAUUUCCCGAAAAUACCAUCUGUGCCAUCGACGAAGCCAUCAAGGCCGGCACACAGGCGCUGGAGCUAGAUCUACAUCUCUCACGGGAUGGAGUCGUCGUGUUGUCCCAUGAUGCCAAUACAAAGCGAUGCUUCGGAGUCAAGAAGAAAGUAGCAGAAUGCGACUGGGCCGAGUUGAAAUCCCUCCGCACGCUGAUGGCACCACACGACCCAAUGCCCCGUCUGGUCGAUGUCUUGGAAUUCCUACGACAGCCAGGUCGCGAGCAUGUCUGGAUUCUACUAGACAUCAAGCGCUCCAACGAUCCAGACACCAUCAUGAAAAAGAUCGCCGAGGCAGUCGAAUCUGUACCAAUCCCCACCAUCGGACCAGACUGGCACCGACGAGUCGUCAUCGGCAGCUGGUCAGCCCGAUACUUUGACGCAAGCACCAAGUACCUCCCCCGAUACGCGAUGAGCCUAAUCUGCUUCGACCUACGCUACGCGCGCCAAUUCAUGCAAGUACCCCGGAUAUCCUUCAACGUCAACCAAAAAGUUCUCAUGGGCCCUCUCGGCCGAGGAUUCCUCGAGGAAGCGCGCGCUGCUCGUCGGCGAGUCUUUGUCUGGACCGUCAAUGCUCCCAAUCUGAUGCGCUGGUGUAUUCGACACAAGGUCGACGGCGUCAUCACGGACGAGCCGGCGCAUUACCAAGAGAUUUGCGAAAGGUGGGAGAAAGAGCGGAGUGAUCCGGCGUUGAAGGGUCAGGAUCCGGAUCUGGAUAGACUUACUUUCUCCCAGCGUUUGCAAUGCUUUCUCGCCACGAGUUUCGUCAUGGUUUUUGGGUGGGCUUUUACUCGAAGGCUGUAG